AUGUUGUUAAUACCAGAAAUUUCUUGUCAAAUUCAAAUAUUGUUACAAACAAUAGUAACUAACUAUUUAAAUUCGUCAAAUUGUAUAACAGUUGUAUCGGAAAAUGCUCUGUUGUUUAAUUUACCUAAUAGUUUUAUGUAUCUCCAUGCGAACAAUACCGAUGAUCUCGCUAAUCUUAUGCUUAACGCUUCGGAGAUGGGUUGUUCUGAUUAUAUCGUGCAAAUAAGUGAUCCGGAAAUAUUUAUGGUUGCAUUUGAAAAAGUUGUUCACGUGGGAAACGUUCGAAGAAGUGAUCGAAAAGUUAUUAUGUUACCUGCACAGAAUAAAAAUAUCGCCAGCAAUACCAGCGACGAAAAUUUAAUAAAUAUACUGUCAAUGAAGGAAGUUAGUUUCGUAGCGAAUGUUUUAUUAAUCGUACCUUCAGAUUUAAACAGUGAAUGUGAUACAUAUGAUUUGAUCACACAUAAAUUUGUUGGACCAGAUGAAAAUAAUAAACCUGUCUGGUUAGAUACAUGGCAUUCUUGUACAUCUAAGUUUGAAAAAAAUGCUAACUUGUUUCCACAUAAUAUGUCUAAUUUAUACGGCAAAAUAGUAAAGGUUGCAGGAUUUACAUAUACACCAUAUGUUUUGCUCGAUCUUGAUAGUACGACACCACUAGGCCGAGAUGGUAUAGAAGUGAGAAUCGUUGAUGAAUUCUGCAGAUGGAUUAAUUGCACUGUUGAAAUUGUGAGAGAUGAUGAACAUGAAUGGGGAGAAAUUUAUGAUAAUCUUACUGGUGUUGGUGUUAUUGGAAAUGUUUUCGAAGAUCGGGCCGAUCUUGGUAUAACUGCACUGUAUUCUUGGUUUGAAGAAUAUGUUGUAAUGGACUUUUCGGCUCCAUUUUUAAGAACCGGUAUAACAUGUAUAGCUCCUUCACCGAGGUUACUAGCAAGUUGGGAAAUGCCUUUAUUACCUUUUAGUCUGUAUAUGUGGAUUGGAUUGUUUUUUACAUUUAUAUACGCAUCAUUGGCCCUAAUAGUAGCGAAAGGAUUUGUUGCGGAUGAUGUUUUUUUGACUACUUUUGGGAUCAUGAUUACGCAGUCACAGCCCGAAUCCGGAUUUUCCUCAUGGCGAAUACGCAGUGUGGUUGGAUGGAUGAUGAUGACCGGUUUAGUUUUGGAUAACGCAUACGGAGGUGGUUUAGCAUCUACAUUCACCGUUCCCAAAUAUGAACCGACAAUAGACACAAUACAGGAUAUAGUCGAUAGACAAUUGACGUGGGGUGCUACGCAUGACGCUUGGAUAUUUUCCCUAAUACUUUCACAGGAGCCUUUGAUUCGGAACUUAUUGAGUUUAUUUCGUACGUAUCCUGCUGAAGAAUUAAAUCGUAGAAGUUUUACAAGAAACAUGGCUUUCAGUAUUGAAAAAUUGCCAGCUGAGAAUUUUGCUAUUGGGAAUUAUAUAACGAAAGAAGCGUUAUUAGAUUUAACAAUCAUGGUGGAAGAAUUUUAUGCUGAACAAUGUGUCGUGAUGAUGCGUAAAAGUUCUAUGUAUACAAACAAGUUAAGCGAUCUCAUAGGUCGCCUUCACGAAACAGGACUGUUGCUGGCAUGGGAAACUCAGAUAGCCUUGCGGUACUUAGAUUACAAAGUGCAACUAGAAGUGAAGCUUUCUCGAUCAAAAAGGGACGUUGAAAACAUAGAGCCCUUAGCGUUAAGGCACGUUGAGGGUAUUUUCAUAAUUUAUGCUAUUGGAAUAAUAUUGUCAUUCCUUACUUUCGUCAUUGAAAUGUUCAUACACAGAAAAAAAACUAAAACAUUACGACGAAAUUCUGGUAUGACCGAUAGUGACUUAGAUUUUCCAAAAAGAUCGGUCCCUUUGGAAUACUUAAAUAUGUUAACAGUGAUGCCAGAAACUAUGUGGUCCCUAAAAAUAUUGUUACAGGUCGUAAUUAGUAACUAUUUACAUUCAUCGUACUGUAUAACUGUCGUAUCUGAAGAGCAUCUUGACAUAAAAUUACCAAAUCAUUUCAUGUAUAUUUCUGCGAAUAGCUUUGAGAGCUUUACAAACCUGAUGCUAAACGCUUCAGAGAUGGGUUGUUCUGAUUACAUCGUGCAAAUGAGUGAACCAGAAAUAUUUAUGAAUGCUUUUGAAAAUGUUGUCCACUUGGGAAAUAUCAGAAGAAGUGAUAGAAAAAUUAUUAUUUUGCCUACACAAAGUGCAGAUAAUAACAGUAAAAAUAAAUUAAUAAGCAUAUUGUCCAUGAAAGAAGUUAGUUUUGUGGCAAAUAUAUUAAUAGUUAUAGCUUCAGAUGUAUCGCAUGAUUGCGACACUUAUGAUUUAAUUACACAUAAAUUUGUUGGAUUGGCUGACCACAGCACACCUAUUUAUUUAGACAAAUGGAACUCUUGUACAAGAAAAUUUGAAAAAAAUGGAAAUCUAUUUCCACAUGAUAUGUCUAAUUUAUAUGGUAAAACGGUUAAAGCAGCAGGAUUCACCUAUAAGCCUUAUAUUUUAUUAGAUUUGGACCCAACUAUUGUACCCGAGGGUCGUGAUGGCAUGGACGUGAGGAUUAUCAAUGAAUUUUGCAGGUGGAUCAACUGUACUAUAGAAUUAGUACGAAAUGAUGAACAUCAGUGGGGAGAAAUUUAUGACAAUCUUACUGGUGUCGGAGUUUUAGGAAACGUUGUCGAAGAUAAGGCUGAUCUUGGCAUAACGGCCUUGUAUUCUUGGUAUGAUGAAUUUGUAGUAAUGGAUUUUUCAGCACCUUAUAUCAGAACAGGUGUAACGUGUAUUGCCCCUUCACCGAGCUUAUUACCGAGCUGGAAGUUACCUUUACUACCAUUUACUCUAUAUAUGUGGAUUGCCUUGUUCUUUACAUUUAUUUUUGCAUCUUUAGCUCUAAUCGUUGUAAAGAAAUUUGAAACAGACAAAGUUUUUUUGAUUACUUUCGGAAUAAUGAUAACUCAGUCACAACCAGAAUCGGGAUUCCCAACAUGGCGUAUACGCAGCGUCAUUGGAUGGAUGAUGAUAGCUGGGUUAGUUUUGGAUAAUGCUUAUGGAGGAGGCUUAGCUUCUACCUUCACUGUUCCAAAGUAUGAACCAACAGUUGACACGAUUCAAGAUAUUGUUGACAGAAAUCUUAUGUGGGGCGCUACGCAUGACGCUUGGACAUUCUCUCUUAUACUGUCACAGGAGCCUAGAAUUAAGAAGUUAGUAAGUUUAUAUAAAACAUACCCCGCUGAAGAAUUGAACCGUCAAAGCUUUAUUAGAAAUAUUGCCUUUGGAAUUGAAAAAUUACCUGCUGGAACUUUCGCAAUUGGGGAGUAUAUAACAAAAGAAGCAUCGUUGGACUACACAAUAAUGCUGGAAGAGUUUUAUUUUGAGCAAUGUAUAAUGAUGAUGCGUAAAAGUUCAGUGUAUACGAAUAAAUUAAGCGAUCUUAUAGGACGCCUCCAUGAAUCAGGGCUUUUGUUAGCUUGGGAGAAUCAGAUAGCGCUACAGUAUUUGGAUUACAAAGUACAACUUGCAGUGAAACUUUCGCGUUCCAAAAAAGAUAUCGAAACAGUUGAGCCACUUGCCUUGAGACAUGUUCAGGGAAUUUUCUUUAUUUAUGCCGUUGGUGUAGUUGUAUCUCUCCUCGCUUUGGGCAUCGAAGUCCUUGUACAUAGAAAUAAAUAA